ACAUUCCCAUCCCGAGAGAGGUCCUUGCUGUCAAGUGGGUAGCAGAAAAUCGAUCGAUAAAUUAUCUGCAUCAUAGGAAUUUUUACCCUCAAAGAGACACUCACAAUCCGACCUCUGCUGUGGUGGCUCGCGUCUUCCCCGUGCGUGUGUGUGUGCCAAAUUUGUGUCCCCCUGGUGGUGCCAAAUCCGGUUUUCUGCUGUUUUAGCAAUCUGCCACAAUGCUGAGCUAAAACGAAACGGUGCUCUCCGACACGGCCAAGGAUAUUGAAUGCAAGGAAUUUGCUUUCGCUUGCCGCGACUACCUGCCACCACUAUCUUAUCGUUAGGGGAAUAGCAUCGUCUGCCUGUCUGCCUGCCAUCCUGUCUACCUGCACUCACGUCCCCUUUCAUCUUACUGAUCUGAGAUUAAGAUUUUGUUUUCAUUAACUAGUACCUAGCUAGCGAAAGCAAUGAAGAAGCAAAAUGUCCGGACCAUUUCACUGAUUGUAUGCACCUUCACCUACUUGCUAAUUGGGGCUGCCGUGUUCGAUGCUCUGGAGUCGGAAACGGAGAAGAAACGAUGGAAGGCGCUUUGUGCGAUCGAGAGUGUACUCAUAUCUCGAUACAACAUUUCGGCGGAGGAUUUCAAGGUGAUCGAAACGGUCAUCAUGAAAUCGGAACCGCACAAAGCGGGUCAACAGUGGAAGUUUUCCGGCGCUUUCUACUAUGCCACUACGGUACUGACCACGAUUGGCUACGGCCAUUCGACUCCAUCGACAGUCAGUGGAAAGAUCUUCACUAUGUGCUACGCCGCGAUUGGGAUCCCUCUAGGGCUCGUCAUGUUCCAGAGCAUCGGAGAACGGGUCAAUCGGUUGAGUAGUGUAAUCGUCCAUGCGGUGAAGACCUCGUUCAACUGCAAGAAAGCGAUCGCUUCGGAAGUCGAUCUGAUACUGGUGGUCACCACUCUAAGCUCGCUAACGAUAGCCGGAGGAGCAGCGGCGUUCAGUAAGUUCGAAAACUGGUCCUACUUCGAUUCGGUGUACUAUUGCUUCAUCACGCUUACGACUAUCGGCUUCGGGGAUAUGGUAGCCUUGCAGAAGGAUAACGCUCUAAACCAGAAACCGGAGUACGUUGCAUUUGCCUUGAUCUUUAUUCUGUUUGGCCUAGCAGUGGUCGCUGCCUCGUUGAAUCUCCUGGUGCUUCGAUUCGUAACUAUGAAUACCGAGGAUGAGAAACGGGAUGAGGCACAGGCCAUUCAGGCCCUGCAAAUAGCGGUCAAACUGGACGGGGACGUCAUAACGGGCAACUCGAGCGAUACGGAUCGCAAGUGCUACGAGCGGAUAUCCGUGUCCGGUCCAAGUCGCGCCAAUUGUGGCACCUGUCCGCGCAAGUUCGACCUGCCGGAUACGAGCAUCGGGUACAUCAUGGACGCCAGCUACCGCUAUCCAUUGGUGGAUUGUGAGAUGGCCGAGCUGCGAUCCCCCGGUACGUUGCGCUACAACGUGUUCGAGCUCGAAACGGACGACGAAGGCGGGUUGAUACGGCCGUUGCGCUACGACUUUCAGCCCAGCCGCGGAAGAGCGUCCGUUUAAGGGUGCUGCUCGAUCGAUCGACGGAGCGGGGAACAAGCGACAUGCCAUUCGAGAGUAUGUAGGUUAAACUAAUGUAAGUUAUGUAAUUUUUGGGGUCUAAAUUUUUAAAGAGAAUACAAUUGUCGAAUUUUAGAAUUAGUGGAUCGGGAGCAAUUGGUUGAAA